GAAAUUCAGAACAUGCUGGGAAAGCUGAGAAAGGAGAUGCAGGAUGCUGCUGGUUGCAUUGCAGACCCCAAUUAUGCUCUUUUCGAAGUGUCGAAUUAACCAGAUAUGGCUGCCACCACAAGUGCAAUGCUCUUGCCGUCAUUUGUGCAGGAACAACCACGCAGGGACGAACAACUGCAGCAGCCUCGUCAGAACGACGAUGAGCAGCUGGAAACCAUCAAAUACGGUGACGUUUUCAACGUCUCGGGCGACCUGGCCGCGAACCCCAUCGCACCUGAGGAUGCUCGCAUGAUGGCCAGUGCUGAAACGAGGGUGUUGGGGCAAAUGCAUGAAGCUGGUCCGGCCGAUGUCAUGCGAGCCGCCGCCGCUCAUAAUGUUCAAGUUGGAGUUCUUAGUAGCCGUGAUAUUAGCGAUGUUGCUAAAAAUCAAGGCAUUAACAUUAGCGAGACCGAUGUUCCGGGAGCCCGCGUCGUCUCUGAAUGCGUUGCCGGGCAGGUUGUUGGGCAGUAUUUGGACACGACAACGGCGAGCGGGGUAGAGAUGCCGGAGCAGGAUGUUAUCACGAUCGGACAAGCUUUGGAAGCGGCAUGUCAAAUAAUAGGAAACAAGCCGGUGGAACAGAGUGAUGCUGCAGCAAUUCACGCCGCAGAGGUCUGUGCAACUGGCAACAACGCCAUGAACCCAGGUGGGCUUGGCGCCACUGCCCAAGCGGCAGCAAUUUUCAAUGCCGCAAUGGAUCGAGAUGAGGACAAGAUCAAGCUCAACUAUGUCCUAACGGGCGCAACUGAAAAACUGGCGACAGACAAGGUAGUGAGCCGUCAGGAUGUGGAGGGGGUGGUGAGCGCGGAGCUGAGGAACAAUCCAAGCAUGACAACACACCCAGGUGGGGUAGCAGCCUCCAUCUCCGCCGCUGCAAGACUGAAUGAGGGCAAUACAGAGAGGGUGGUGAGCGCAGAUCUGAGGAACAAUCCAAACCUGACGACACACCCAGAUGGGUUGGCAGCCUCCAUCACCGCCACCGCGGGUCUGAACGAGGAUGGCGCAGGUAUAUGAAAAAGUAACAGCAGCUUUAACCGAGAGUUUUGAGGGAAUGUUUAGGUAUAUGAAAAAGUAAACAGCAACUUAAGUGAGAAUUCUGAGUGAAUGUUUUGGAAAUGAAGUGUGUUGGUUUGAUCAGGAAUUUUGUUUUCCUGAUGAAUACCGUUAUAUUUGUGCCUUUGUAAACAGAACUUUUCUUUUUCUUUCGCUAGUUUUUUGAAAUCGAGAGGUAAAUAAGAAGAGGAGGGGGAAGAACCAGCUGUUUGAUUUCAGAAUAUGUUGACUGUUCGCUGUGUAGUCAGGUUUUUUGUUUUUAUUUCAAAAGGAUUGAGAAAGUGUUCA